AUGCUCCUCGGUUGUGCAGACGGCGUGUCUCAGAUCGAGGAGUUUGGACUAGAUGCAUCAGAGCUUCCGCGGGAACUUCUGGCAGCCUGUGAGGAGCAAGCGACUGCUUUGCUGAUGCCGGAUCAAGCUGGGAAGAUCUCAGACCUCUACAGAGGGCCUAUUCCAUUGAUGCGCGAGGCUUUCCAGAACACCGAGAGCAUGGGCUCCACAACGGUGUGCCUGCCACUCAGUCUGGGCUCACGGUAUAAGCAUGGCAAGAUCACCGUAAGCUCGCUCUGCCGGGCGUCGGCCAUGCAGCUUCUGAAGUGCAUGACCUACGAGGCCCCUCGAUGGGCAGGGUCCUUGCGAGUGCCGGACUGGCGAAUUCCCCUUGGAAAUUUGCCGACCCCGCUGAUGCCUUGGGCAUGUCCCGCUCUGCGCGACUUGAAUGUGAAGUGGUCCAUCAAGCGCGAUGACAUGACUGGGCUCGAGCUGACCGGGAACAAGACGCGCAAGCUGGAGUUUCUCAUGGCGGAAGCUUUGGCGGGGAACCACGACUCGGUGGUGACGGUUGGUGGGCUCCAGUCAAACCACUGCCGUGCCACCGCGGUGGCAGCCCGAAUGGCGGGCUUGGAGCCCCACCUGGUCCUCCUGGUCAAGGACACUGUGGCGGAUGAAGAUCCAGGUAUGGAGGGCAAUCUGCUGAUCGGCCGGCUCAUGGGGGCGAAGAUUCACCUGUGCACUGCGUCCGAGUACUACAAGCUCGGAGGGAACUUGGAAGCCGCCGACACACUCAACGAAAGGAUGGCAGAGCGUCUUCGGAAGAAGGGCUUUCGGCCCUACGUGAUCCCCGUGGGAGGGACCACGCCUCUAGGCACCUGGGGGUAUCUACAAGCCGUGGAGGAGCUCCGAGAGCAGAUAGAACUCCUGGGAAAGGAUUUCGAUCAUGUGGUGGUGGCUGCGGGCUCUGGGGGCACUUUGGCCGGCUUGGCGGUGGGCUUCCACAAGGCGAAGCUCGACCUCACACUACAUGGGGUGAACAUACAGCACAGCCCAAAAGCCUACUACGACCUCGUAGCCAAGGAGGCAGACGCUCUUGGCUGUACAUCUGAGGAGGUCGAUGGAGUUCUGGGCGCCCUGAACAUCCACAAUGGAGCCGGCCUGGGAUAUGCCGUGCCAGCAGCCGAGAACUUAGCCUUCAUUGCGGAGGUGGCAGCCGCCUCCGGCGUGGUGUUGGAUCAUGUUUACUCAGGCAAGGCCCUCUAUCACUUCUGUGAACAUGCCAGAGCACAUCCGGACAAGUUCAGAAACUCGCGCAUUCUCUUUUGGCACACUGGUGGCAUCUUCGGACUUGAGCCCCAGCAGGCAGCCAUGCAAGGUCUGCUGCCCAGGGACAGCGUGAAGCGAGCGAUCCGCUGGCGCUGGAUUUCCCUUGGCCGCGGCGUCGUUCACCGUGAGAUCCAGCACGAGUGGGGAGGCCUCUCCGUGCUGGACAACAGCACCAGAAUCCACGGCAAACUCCACCCCAUGAUGGCCAUCAUCUCCAUAGGCGACUGUGAGCUGAUGGUUCUCCGCCAGAACAUGGCGAGUGGCCGACUACGAUACGAAACGGUGUUCAAUACGGAAAUGCAGCGCAUCGGCGGCAACUGCCAGUGUCCCCUCCAGGUCUGCCGCGUUGAUGGCAGAAUUGAUGCCGCUUUCGACGAGCGGAUGACCAUCGAGGUAAUCGAGAGAGGAAGUGCCGUUCACAUGGUCUCCGUGUACGAGGGUGACUUGGUGGUCAUUGGCAGCGACGGGGUCUUUGACAAUCUCUUCAAGGACGAGGUCGCCGCGAUCAUCAACCAACUGGUUCCCAGACCUUCCACUCCCGGCGAGAAGUUCCGGCCCUUGGAUAAGGCUUUCAUGGGAGAGGUGGCCAGGUACAUUGUGGAAGCCUGCCACAUGAAGACCAAGGCCGACCUGCGGACCGGCAAGUAUCCAGACACGCCGAUCGGCAAGGGCGGGAAGCGUGACGACACGUGCUGUGUGGUUGGCGAAGUGGUCGAAUGGACAGAGAUGGACUGCAUGUACUGGGAGGGCGUUCAGCGGCGGAGAAGAAUGAAGGAGCUAGUGACCUGCGGUGGGGUGCUGAGCCUGGGGAUGAUGUGCAUAGACGAAGAUGAAGAGGACGAGGAAGAUGAUGACAGCAACUGGUGUCGGUCACGUGAUGGACGGGACUUCUCCACUGUGUCCUUCGUCUCAGACGAGGAGGAGGAGAGGGCUCGAGGCUGUGCCGUCUUGGCCCCGGCAGAUCAGCUGUUGCAGUGCCCGUGCCAUGUAGUGAUCUCCAAGCGGGAACGCUUUAUUGUCAAAAAGUCCACCUCCCAAGCAUCUGCACCUGUGCUAGGCCGGGAGAAGGCACAGAAACAUACUUUGCCAGAUGACUUGCAGGGCAUCAGCAUCGCAACCCAUCGACGGAUCGAGUCCCAGGUCGCCACAACACGCACCUGGGUGGCUCAGUCGCAGGCUGACGACACCGUUGCAUGGCAGGCUCGCGGCCUGAAGGGGGGAUAUUCGGGCCAAACGCAGCCAAACGACAGGGAUCACAGCGACUGCACCCCACUGUUGCCCACCCGACAGUGCAGUCAGCCCACUAGCCGCGCAAUGUGGGAAUGGCAAGAUGCCACCUGGCAUCGCGUCAACAGCAAGGAUGCGCAGGUUCUCGAAGCUGCGUACUCUCAGGAUGCUAUGGGGCUGCACUACUUGGCCAUGGGGCCGCACAAGCGAUUGUAUCAAAUUGAUUUCUCUGUGAUGAAGCAGUGGAAUCAGGUGUCAGGCAGCAUGCGGUACCUACGCCGCAAGGCCCGUGCAGUCCAGGAGAAUGUCCUGGAAUCCGAAUCCGAGAAGGAGCUCAAUCAAUUGGAAGAAGCGUUCUUGAAGGCCGAACUGUUGGUGGCCGAAGCUGCGGACUGUCGGAACAUCAUCGAGGUGCCAGAGAUCGCGCCUUGCAUAGAAGCGGAGCUUGGCGGCCAGAAUGCCGGAGCGGAGAGGGAGGACAUCCUCCAGACGCAUCGGGCAAACGGCCUGCUUGCCCUCCAGCCGGGAGUGCCGAAGGCGUCAGAGAAGGAAGCGGAGGACUUUGCGAGCCUGCCGAUGUUGCAAAGGUCCGUCGAGCGGGGUCACAUUGGACUUCUGCGCGCCUCCUGGCUUCGCGGCCUUCUGGCCGAACCCUCUCAGCCCCUUCCGCAGCGACAGGCGCUGCCACCAGAGGCCUUCUGGAACGACUUCAGCAGCUUGACGGGCAACGUAUCUUCCAGACUGCUUGUCGUGUCUCAUUUCUGGCAAGAAGAACAGCCAGAAUCUGACUGCCAAAUGCUGGAGCUUCUUGCCAAGAUGGUGGAGAAGCACAGCCAAAGAUUGUCUUUAGAAGAGCACGGCACGGAGUUUGCCAUUUUUUUGGACUGGUGCAGCCUCUACCAGCAGCCCCGAUCAGAGGAUGAAGAAGCCACGUAUCAGCGAAGCCUGCAAGACAUGAGCGCCUGGUAUGCCUCGCCAUGCACCACCAAGUGGUUCAUGCCUAGUUCUGAUUCUAUACACAUCUGGCCUUGCUUACAGCGAAUGCUGGCGAAUUUGAGCUCCGAGUCCCUGGUGGUAGAGGCCAGCGAAGCGGUGGCCCAGUCCAGCUGUCCCCUAUCCCCGUCGCGACCGACUCUCCUGCAAGCAUCCGGUGCGUCUGGAAGCCCUCCAACGACACCCAGUGCUUUCAACCUGAUGAUCCAGAGUCAAGGCUUUGAUGAGCACGUGGUGUCACUGGCGCAAAGCUUGUACCACAAGGCCUUUACAGCCGUGCUCGGUGCGCAAGAAUGGAUGGACUUCUCAAGCCGGGGCUGGGACGACUUCCAUGCACUCCGGCUAGCUGAGGUACUGGUUCACAGCCAGCAUCUUGUGAAACUCGUUUUAUCGGAGAACAGCAUCUCGGAUGUAGGCAUGGAGGCUAUCGCAGCUUGCUUGCCCGGCACGCUGCAGAUCCUGGACAUCUCCCACAACAUUAUCAGUGAUGUGGGGGCCGGUUGCUUGGCGGGUGCUCUUGCCAAGCUUCCGGAGCUGCGGCAGCUCUACAUCAGCGCCAACAGCUUUGGGGAGAAUGGAUUUGCAGCCUUAGCCUCAAAGCUACCGCUCUGUCAGAAGUUAUCAACAUUACGAGCAGCCAAGCUCGGACUUGGGGAUGCACUACAGGCUUUGGCACUAGUUCUACCGCAAUGCCCCAACCUACAAAGCCUUUGCUUGAAUGAGAACCAGAUGGGAAGUGCCUCAGCAAGCCUUCUAGCAAGCACGCUGACUUCCUUCAUCGAGGAGCUGCAACUCGACGACAACGCGAUAGGUGACGUGGGCAUACGUGCACUUGCGGGGCGCUUCAAAGAUUCCUCACACCUGCGCCUCCUCUCGCUGAACGAAAAUUGCUUCGGCGAUUCGGGCGCAGCCGCCUUGGCACGAGCCUUGCCGAGCUGCCCAGCUUUGCGGACCUUGAGAGUCAGCUGCAACCACAUCUCCCCGCAGGCUUUGAACCGCCUGCGACUUGCAGUUCCAGGGCUGAACCUCUUUGCCUUUGGACAAACGGCUCGGGCAAGAUGGAUCGGGGAAAUCCUUCCAGCUAGCAGCCUUGGCAUCCAUGUUUGGCUGCGCAGCUGCAUCAUGUGGAAGGCUGGUGCAACAGAGCCGGUCAGGUUUUUCAUGUUCGACUUUGACCAGACCCUCACAGUGUUUCACGUUUUCAAGUCGCUCUCCGGCUGGAAACAGGAGGGAGUUUGCGCCAGCAUCCCGAAGCCACACGCGAUGAGUGAACUCGGGCAGGUGGCGCGGAUUGAUGAACUCAGCAGUGGGGAGUUCGCUACCCAGGGUGGCUUCCCCUGUGCAGCUUUCGGUGGAAGCAGUCGCGUCGAGGAGGUGCGGAGGAUGUUGCAAAGUCUUCAGAAGGAAGAUGCUGAGAUGGUGAUUUGCACGAAGGGCUUCGUGGGCCCCGUGCAGCUCUGCCUUCAUGCCCUCGGGCUUCGGUCAUACUUUACACAGGUCUAUGGCCACAUCGGUGUCACCUACGGCACCUCGCCCUUUGACAAGCAGGUGAUCGGCGAUCCGCCGGCGCUGGCCCCACAGUUUCUGGGAGAAACGUGGCAGGCGGAGUGGCGUUCCAAAGAUCAGCUGAUGGUAAAGCUGCUGCAGCAGAAAGGCCUGAAGUCUUCUCAAGGGAUCCUGGUAGAGGACGAUCCUGAGGAAAUUCGCAGGGCCAACCGGGUUUGCAGGACUGCAGAGGUCGUGGGGACAGGCGGAAGCCAAGCCAUGGCAGGUUGGGGAGGUGACACCAGCCAGAAGCUGGACCAGCUCGCACUACGAGAGUCCUCAUGCCGGCUUGGGCAGCUCUUCCGCAAAGAGCACCGUGCGAUGUUUUUCGGCACAGAGCCUCCCCUUCCCUUGGGGCCGCCGAUUCUCUUCACAUCGCCAACCCCACCAGCAUCACUGCUGCAAGGGGGCGACCUGGGCGACCAGAGCUCGAAAUCCGAAGUCGCGAAAGAGGCUCCGAGCUCGGAGGAGAAGGAAGAGGAACCCAGCCUGCAAAUACCGAAGGAAUGUCUCACGGUACGAUGUGAUCUAGACCGCUAG